AUGUCAACUGAGGAUAUUAUAUUUCCAAUUGUACCUGCUAAAAGUAUUUCCUCGUCAGCUAAUGUAAAAUCCAAUUAUUUUGAUGAUAAUGGUAGUAUUUCCAAGAGCGUGGAGGAACGAAUGAUAUUAGUGCUGAUUAGUACUAAUUCGACGGAUAGUGUACCAAAUUUGACUAGCCAGGGAAGUCCCUUAACUGAUGAUUUGGAAAAUCAAAGUCUUCCUGUGAAACCUAUGACUAAUAUGGAACUUUUCAUGAUUAUACUGUGGACUGCAUUUCAUGUUCUCUAUUGUAUAUCACUUCCAGGCUCCGUUGGUUAUAUCGCUUAUAAAAUAUAUGAGCAUGAAUUGUGCAAAUUUGAAAUCUUGGAAUUAUUAGCAAUGGGAUUGCUCGCAGGCUUUGGAAUUCUUAUUGGUUAUGUUGAUUAUAACGUCUUGAAUAUUGGAGAAUUUAAACUCAAGUGGGCAAGCACUACCGCGGUUUUAAAGGGCCAUUUAGCAGAGGCUUUAUCAUACUUGUCAGCUCUUUUAGUAUAUCUUACUGUUGUAAUUAUAAUAGUUAUGACUAUUGUAUGCUGUCUUACUGGUACUAGUGUAUUCAACCAACCGGAAUCUGUCCAGACUACUCUUUCAUAA